AGUCUGUUUGAAAACUCGGUCGGGAUCGGACGUGUUUUGUGAUCGGUGUUAGCGUAUGCGAGGAUAGCCCAUCACCGUUGCUAAAUCCGCUGCAGAACCAGCGGCAGCAAACGCAUUUUCACCACCAAUACCAAUAACCCCCAGGAAAAGGGGGAAAAAAAACUCCCCAAAAGUUCGGUGUGCAAAAUAUCUUCGCGCUGCAGGUACGUAGCCCACUCGCAUUUUCCGGCCACGAAGGGCCAGCUUUCUUGACGGCAAAAGCUGGCUACGUUCGUGCACGAGAGACGACCGAUGUGAAGGGUGGCUGGCAGGAGAUUGAACGGAGUGGGAGUUCGCGCAAAAGGGAAUGACGGUGGUAACAUUCCCUUAAACCGUACCUUAUGUUUAAUGUGUUUCAGCGUCGAAGGCAUCGAAGUGAAUUUCAUUAGACAGGCCCGUUUUUCGACAGCCGUAAUUUGAGUGAAGUGUUGGAGCGUGUGUGCGUGUGUGUGCGGGUUGAAGUCGAUGGGUCGCGAGGGUGUGUUAUGGCGUUCGGUGUUGUUGUGGUGCAAAGCAAAACGGUUUGAUGCAGUGGGCAUCAAGUCGAGCAACACGAGCCAUUGAGAACAGAGCGUGCUGAAUGAGAGGCGAAUGUUAGUGAAUGAAUAUUUCGCAGAAAGUUUAGCACUGCCUUCUGCAGAAGGAGCAAAUGAAGGCUUGCGUACAGCAAGGCCUUGUUACGCGUCGUUCUUAGUACGGAGUCUAUCAGAUGUGAGAUGUGCGUGAGUAGGAUGCUUAUACUGGUGAGGUUCAAAAAUAGCUUCAGAGAAUCUUGCUGAAAUUUCAAGGACCUUGCCAGAGGAGACAUCAGAACAUAUGGUAAACAUAGUUUCGUAAACGGAGUCAUUUUGGCAGCUGUCAUUUUGAAGGAUUAAAACCGUGUGUCCUCUCGCUCUCCCCCUCGUUCGCGAUGAUUAACUUUCUUCCGGGCUAUUUCUAAACACAGCAUUCAACGAGUAUCGGUAAAGUUCCGGAAGAGAAUCGGAUCUCCUCCCAGCAUAGUCCGCGGUGUUAGUUUGUAGCGUAACAUUCACAAUGACCUUACGCGACCGUACAUCUGUGGCAGCGUGCAUUUAGUUCGGUAUUUAAUUUUCCCCAAAAAGCCUUCGAAACCAUAUCGAAUUGUGAGUAUCGUGCACGCAGUGCUGAAGCGGCCAAUCCGGGGCGUAAACGAGUGAGCAUUUCCACUAAGUGUGCAUGUGUGUGCGUGUGGAUGUAUGCAGUGUGUCGAGGUAGUAAAGAGUCGACAUUUUAGAGGUCGACGUUAAGCCAAAAAAGAGCCGCGUUAGGGCCAAAAAAGUGAAAGAAGGAAGUAGCGGCUGAGUGUUUGUGCUGCUGAAGUGUGUGUGUGUGUGUGAGUGUGUGUGGUGGCCACCGUGGAGUGGCCGUGCACGGGUUGGAAAUCCGAGAAACAUUACCACAAUGUUACCAACAUCAUCAUACUCAUCCUUGGCAGCAGCAUCAGCGUCGGUGGUACCAGGCCGAGCGCCGAGCACGCUGGGUACACCGACUCACCGGCCGAGAAUGCUGCUGGUCAUGGUGCCGACCGUGGUGCUGCUGCUGCUCGGGCUACUGUUCCUUCCGGGCGUAGUGCAGGGAGAUUAUGAAAAUACAUGGAACUCGUACUACGAGCAACCGUGCUGCGGUGGCACCACCAACGGGCCCUUCCAUCUGCGCCAUCACGGAGAUCACGUACGGGAGUUCCAGUGCGGCAAAUUCUACUACCGAACGUUCUACAUGGACGAGGACCGGGACACGCUGUACGUCGGUGCCAUGAACCGGGUGUACAAGCUUAACUUAAAAAACAUCAGCAUGACAUCGUGUGAGAAAGACUCCAUGCUGCUUGAUCCCACCGGUGCUGACAUCCGGAACUGCGUGUCUCGUGGCAAAAGCGAAAUGUUUGACUGUAAAAAUCACAUCCGAGUGAUUCAACCUAUGGACAAUGGGACGAGACUCUACAUCUGCGGCACGAACGCGCACAGCCCGAAGGAUGUCGUAAUAUUCCGUAACUUAACCCACUUACCACGGUCCGAGUAUGUGCCGGGAGUCGGGCUCGGCGUGGCCAAGUGUCCCUACGAUCCCAUCGAUAACUCGACCGCCAUCUACGUGCACGACGGCAAUCCCGGAGGCCUACCGGCGCUGUACUCCGGCACGAAUGCCGAGUUCACCAAGGCGGAUACGGUCAUAUUCCGGGCGGAUCUGUACGAGAUGUCCACCGGGAAGAAGAUGUACAACUUCAAGCGUACGCUCAAGUACGACUCCAAGUGGCUGGAUAAGCCCAACUUUGUCGGUUCGUUCGAUAUCGGUGAGUACGUGUACUUCUUUUUCCGCGAAAUAGCGGUCGAGUACAUCAACUGCGGGAAGGCGGUAUAUUCGCGGGUGGCACGCGUCUGCAAGAAGGACACCGGCGGCAAGAACAUCCUCAACCAGAACUGGGCUACCUAUUUAAAGGCGCGCCUCAACUGCAGCAUCUCGGGCGAGUUCCCGUUCUACUUUAACGAGAUCCAGGACGUGUACCAGAUGCCGACGGAUAAGACCCGGUUCUAUGCGACGUUCACGACCAGCACGAACGGGCUGGUUGGGUCGGCUGUGUGUAGUUUCAGCCUCGGAGAGAUCCAUUCCUCGUUCGCCGGUAAAUUCAAAGAGCAAGCGACGUCCAACUCUGCCUGGCUGCCUGUGAUGAGUUCCAAGAUUCCGGAACCUCGACCUGGAACGUGCGUUGAGGAUACGACUACUCUGCCGGACGCUGUGCUUAACUUCAUCCGAUCACACCCGCUGAUGGACCGGGCCGUCAUGCAUGACUAUGGAAAUCCUGUCUUCUACAAGCGUGACUUGAUCCUCACGAAGCUGGUCGUUGACAAGAUCAGCAUUGACAUCUUGAACCAAGAGUAUCUGGUGUACUACCUAGCGACGAACGAGGGUCGCAUCUACAAGGUGGUCCAGUACUUCCACGAUGGUCAAUCACGGGCAAAGCUGCUGGACAUCUUCGAUGUGGCCCUGAACGAACCGAUUCAGGUGAUGCGGCUUAGCCAGCGGUACAAGUCGCUGUACAUCGGGACCGAUUCGCGCAUCAAACAGAUCGAUCUGGCGAUGUGUAAUCGUCGGUACGAUAGCUGCUACCGAUGUGUACAGGAUCCGUACUGUGGAUGGGAUCGUGACAGUGGCAGCUGUAGGCCGUAUCAGCUUGGAUUCCUUCAGGAUGUUGGCAACCGGACGUCCGACAUUUGUGACACGAACGUGAUGCGGAAGAAAAUUAUCGUCACCUUCGGCCAGAGCGUCCAUCUCGGGUGCUUUGCCCGGGUGCCGGAAAUACUCAAAUACCAACCGGUCACCUGGUACCACCAUUCGAAGGAACGUGGCCGGUACGAGGUACGGUACAGCGUGACGAAACACAUCGAAACGUCCGAGGGUGGGCUGGUGGUGAUUGCGAUUAACGAAGCGGACAGUGGCCGGUACGAUUGCUACCUUGGCGGGUCGCUACUGUGCAGCUUCAGCCUGGUUGUGGAUGCUCAUCGGUGUACGGCGCCGAGCAAGGGUAACGACUAUCAAAAAAUCUACUCCGACUGGUGCCACGAGUUCGAACGGUACAAAUCCGCCUUGAAGCGGUGGGAAGCGAAACAAUCGCAAUGCUCAACAAACCCGAAGGACAAUGAGCUGGACCUCUACCAAGGUGGAAAUGGAAACGUUUGAUGAUAAGGUCCCCAACACACCCUCAUCGAAGUGAAGUCGUUACAUUUUAACAAGCAAAAGCAACAACAACAACAACAACAAUGUCUGUGAUAAGCGAAGGAAAUCCUAUGACAAUGCACAAACAAAGUAAAAUAUUGAAGCAAAAGAGAAGAACGCAGCAGCAGAAGAAGAAGCGGCCCUCGGGCGAGCAACAAAUAGAGCAAGAAAACAGAACUACACAAGCAGCAUAGCAGCAUAUAGCACGAUCAAACCACACGUUUCCCGUCAUCCUGUUGUGAGUAGCAAUUUUUGGUCGUUAGUUACGAACUUUUCGUGAGAGGUCGGCUAGAUGGAGAAAGAAACCGGCAACCAACGCUCAUGGUUCACAUCGUAGUGGAGAAGUAAAAUAGAAGACAUAGAAAGAGAACUUAACAAGUAGAGAUGUAUGCAAACCUGCAGAAGCUUAACAUAGUAACGGAUGUCGAUUGGGCCUCCGCCGAUUCCAGGUUGGUGCUCUAAAUGCUGCCGGCCCAUUGCUGCUUUAGCGUACAUCGAAUCCCGACAACCUGAGGCGUUUUGAUGUAAAAAAGGAAGAAAAACUUGGGGAAAAACUCCCCGGGUUCUCUAAAGGAAUUGCGAUCGCAAUCCAACAAGAUUAGGUGAAAGUCUUUGCAGGCAGCUGUGUACCGAGCAUGAGCGAAACGGAUUUUCACACUCAUUUUAAAUCAUUUGUACAGUAAACCCAGCAAUGGCUUCAUUCAACGCAGCAUUGCACAUCGCCUCUUACUCUCAUGCUCGGCUUUCGCAGACACCGCCACUGAGGCCCCCAAUGGAAAGCUCCUCUAAGAGUAUGUGCGUGCGUGUGUGCCCUCGUACCAACCACAACUAAAGCAAUCAUCAUCCUUAAACAAACACACACACACACAUACACCCCCAGCCGGAUGUAGAGACUGACGACCGGUCGGUCAGUAUUUUUAAAACCGAACAAAAACUUCACUGUAGCAUACUAAACUCUUCACUGGGAAACACACAGAAGCAAACUCUCUCUCGCUCUGACUCUCACACAUACACAUACAUUAGAACACGAAAAAUAAAAAAAUAAAGCAAAUAACAAGAAAAACACAUAACGAAACACGAACGACGAUCGAUCGAAACAAAAAAUUUCGCAAAAUCUGUGAUAACUUUAGCGUUUAAGUGGCUCAAAUGGAAUAGAUUUCGGUUUUUUGAAGGCUGGAUGGAACGGGUGGAGAACAAAACAAACGAAGUAGAAACAGAAAAGGCAGAUAAAUAGAAACAAACAAAGCAUAAUAAAUAGCAGAAACAAACAACACAGAACGAAUAUGAUGUAGUCGUUAGAAAGGAAAUGGCGAAUAAAGAAGAAUUGAGCAAUGGAAGCUGGAAAAAGUAGAAGUUGGUAGAAGGUGGUCAACUAAUAGAUUGGACGGAUUAGACCUGUCUCGUGAAAGUGUGUUUUUUGUUUGCUUUUCGGUUUGGAAAACCUCUCUUUUUGUUUAUUCUUUUACAACCUAAGUGAGGAAUGAAUUUUUAGACAAAACAAAACACAAAAUGGAAAAGCUAAACCAACCGCCAUAACAAGCAAACCAACUCGUGUGUAACUAAUGUAAUUAUUAAUGAAAAAUAAAAAUGAUAGACACUGAUCGACAACUCGAGUACCGA